AUGUACCAUGAUCUCAAGGGUACUUAUUGGUGGAGUGUAAUGAAGAAAGACGUUGCGGAGUAUGUUUCCAAGUGUUUGACUUGCCAGCAGACGUUGGAGGAUAUGCUCAGGAUAUAUGUUCUAGACUUUCAGGGUAGUUGCGAUUCUCAUUUGCUGUUGAUUGAGUUUUCGUAUAAUAAUAGUUACCAUGCGAGUAUUGAGAUGGCACCUUACGAGGCUUUGUGUGGUUGCAAGUGUCGAUCCUCGAUCUGUUGGGAAGAGGUACCGUUGAUCAAACUGAGGUUGGAGACUUCUUUUAGUCGGCAUAAGAGUUACGUUGAUCCUAAGCGUAAGGACAUUGAGUUUCAGGUUUGCGAUUUUGUGUUCCUUCGAGUUGCGCCUAUGAAAGGUGUGAUUUGUUUUGGUGUUAAGAGAAUGUUAGCACCGAGAUAUGUGGGUCCGUAUGAGAUUAUCGAGCGUAUUGGAGCGGUGACGUAUAAGUCGGCUUUGCCACCAGAUUUGUCGUUGGAGCAGCCUGUCGAGAUAGUUGACACGCUGGCGCGUAAGUUGCGGAACAAGGAGAUUCCAAUGUUCAAAGUCCUUUGGCGGAACCAUUCUGUUGAGGAGUGCACUUGGGAGACCGAGUGUGAUAUGAGAAAUCACUAUCCUUUUCUUUUUCCUGAAGACUCGUCAACUGCUCGUGCUUUCGAGUCAAAUCAGGGUAAGGUUCUUGCAAGGAGUUCGCGUGGUUUAGCAAGCAAUUUACAGUUUUUUCCGAGUUGUUCAACUGCACUGAAGAAACAGAAUGACAAAGCAUAUACGCCCGACAGUAGAGACCAGUCAGUAGAUGCAGACCUUAGGAUAAAGCUCAUAACUGACAUGAUCCCCAGACUCCGGAAAUAUAAAGAUUGA